GUAGGAUGAACACGGCUGGGCUAGCAAUCUUAGUAAGAAUGGGCAACUGUUUGUGUGCGAAGGAAACUGUCAAAGUCAAUGACCGACAAUAUUAUGUUAGAGGAUCGUUGGGAGAAGGAGGCUUCAGUACAGUUGAUCUAGUAGAAGAUGCAACAACGCAUAAGCUGUAUGCGCUCAAACGUAUUACUUGUCAUGCACAGUCUGAUCAAAAGAUAGCCUUAGCAGAAGUGGAAUAUCAUAAAGCUCUCUCCCAUCCAAAUAUUGUAGAAUGUGUAAAUUCUGAUUUAGUUGGUGUACCAGAUCUGAUGGGAAACAGAACGUCACAGGUACUCAUAAUUCUUCCUUACUGUCAGCGUGGAACGCUUCAUGAUGAAUUAAUGAACAGAGAAAAGGCAGGAACUCCCUUAGAUGAGGUGAUGGUACUAUCCAUUUUCCGAGGAAUUUGUGAGGCUGUCCAGUGUAUGCAUUCUGCCAAGCCACACGCUCUUGCUCAUCGGGAUAUAAAAACUUCUAAUGUUCUUCUAAAGGAAGAUCUCACUCCAUUGUUGAUGGACUUGGGGUCUGUAGCUAAGGCACGGGUUGAGGUGAAUGGGAGUUCAGAAGCUCGUAAACUACAGGAUGAAGCAGCUGAAAAGAGCUCCAUGCCUUACCGGCCUCCAGAACUUUUUAAUGUAGAAUCUUUUUGUCAUAUUGAUGAAAGAACAGAUGUUUGGUCUUUAGGAUGCCUCUUGUAUGCACUGUGCUUUUACAAAUCUCCCUUUGAUGCUGUUUAUGAGCGAGGUGAUAGUGUGGCCCUAGCUGUUGUCAGUGGUAAUAUUAAAUUCCCAGAUACACACAUUUAUUCUGAGGAACUCACAGAAUUGAUCAAAAACAUCUUGAAAGUUAAUCCAGAGGAAAGGCCAUAUGUUGAUUGGAUAAUCAAUACAGUGGAUCAGCUUAUUAAUAGAUCUUCUGGUGCUGUAUAAUGAAAAAGGAAAAUUUAACUGUAUUUUUCAUAUUUUAUUUAUAUUCUAUUUUUGAAAUAUUGUUAACUAUUUUUAGCUGAAGUAUAAUAAAACUUAUUAAUUUCAAUAUUGUUAUUCUCAAUAUUUAAUUUCUCAGAAGACUUAUUUUAUAUGCUCUUAAGAGGCUUUUAAUGAUUUACAGUUUAGUUGAAGGUUAUGACAGGAAAUAUUUAUAGAUCUCACAAGGUUGUAAUUAUAUAGGGUAUUUUGUAGGGUGAAUUAGCAUAGAGUAUAUUAUACAGAGAAGCUAUGACUUUCAUGGGGAGUUACAUUUUUGCCAUGUGGAUGUUAUUUUUUGUUAUGUAGUACAUUCCAAUGAUGUUAAAAGUUAAAGUUAUAAGAAAGGUGUUCUAUUGAAUAUAUAUUGCUUUUAGUUGGAAUAAUAAUUUACAAACUACUACUUAAGUAGAUAGUAGUCUUGAAAUUGUGGAGAAAAUCAUUAAUGUACCCAAGCAGAAUGUUGGGAGUUAGCAACAAAGUAUAAAAUUAUUAGUUUGUGAAUUUUCUAUUGUUUAUUAAUCAUUCUUUGGUUUGCUAUGAAAAAAAAAAAAUUUUGAGUAUGAGGAAAAUUAAGGCAUUUUUAGAUAUUUUAUCUCUUCUUUAUUGUAGAUUACCCACUCUGAAAAGCAAAACACAAUUCUCAAGCUGCUUGAAAUUAAUUGCUCAUAUCCUCGAAAUUGCGGUUUUAUUACAGUUAUUGUAGUUCAGUGGUGAACCUUGAUUGGUAUCGUAAACAUGUCACAACUUAUUAAAUACAGUAUGUAUCAGGGGAUUGGACUCAACUCUAUGCCAGGCAAACUCAAUGCCAACAUAUAAAAGAAUUGUAUGAACAUGUAAAGAGAGAGAGAGAAAAAAAAACUAAUUUGGAAAGACAUAUGAAAGAUUUUAUUAUAUUUUUAAACUAUGGAGUGCAUAUAAAGUCUUCCGACUUGUGGGAGUUUCCAUAUCAAAUUCAACUUGCAACAUGUUAUUCAUUCCUUUCAGCAAUUUGAUUUUAUCCAACAAGUAUUUGAUAAUACUAUAAGUUCCACAUGUCUGGAGAUACAAGAGGAUGUUAUUUUCUCAAGUUCCUAUUUAAAAAGCCUUAACUUUUUGAGAUUCUGACAAUUAUAAAAUAAUGUUGUGUAAAUUUUAUCCCUUGACAUUCUGAUGUCAUCCAUAAAAUUUUUUUUUUUAAAUCUUGGUGUUAUGCAAUAUUUGGAUUAUUUCUGGCGGUGCUAAGAGAUGGUUUAACUCCAUCACCUCCAAAUUAGGGGCCAUAGCAAGAGAAUAAUUGCUAAACAACUUAUAAAAGGCAAUAGCAAAUAAAUUUAUUGUGCUUUCUAUGUAAAAAAUUUAUAUGCUUAAAACAGCUUGUCUUUGAGUUUUAAAUUGAUAAUCACUACAUAGUUUAACAAUUACUCAGCUUCUGAGUGAGGGGGAAAUCAGCAGUGUUUAAAGAAAACUUAGUCAGUAGGCUCAUCAAAUAUUUGUCAACUUGGUAAACUGUGAUAUGCAAGGUACUUACAGCAAUAAUGACUAAACAGUGCACAAAUCUAUACAAGUACAACUUCAAAAAUAGCAUCCUUAUCAGAGAGAGAGAUAGAGAGCGAGAGGGGGGGAGGGUGGGUAGUUUUAACUACUUUCUAUUUAACAUGGCAUACUGUGCAGUGCAUUAUUAUUUAAUAAACAAUUUUCCAUUAGCUGCCACUUUUCAAUCAUGAAGCUUGGGAUGUUACCACAUUUUAUGACUACUUUUUGUUGACAUGUUCUUACCCUAUUGUUCAUUAAAUGUUAUUUAUUUUGCAUAAAAUUAUACAGAAUACUUAUUGAUGGUCUAUACAUAGGUUUCCUUUACAUUAGGAAUAGUUGCUCAUUUUAUGCCAUUUGACUUUUGAUUUCUUUUUGUACUACUGUGUUCCAUUUCUAUAACUAUUUCAUCCUUCCUCUGAAGGUGUAAUCAUCUAUGUAGACUGAGCUGACUUGGCAUCAAAUUUGCCUGGCAUAAGUAUCAGACCGGCCUUAGAGUUGGCUGCAUGUAAUUAACUGCAGAGUUGACCAGAUGAAUUAUAGAAAAUAGUGUCAGAUGUUCUGUACACUAACCAUAUAUCUUAUGAGGGUUAUACUUAUAAGUCUAUACCAAAAUAAUCAAUGAAUUAUAAUUGUACAAAAUCUUGAUAUGCAUCUUCUCUUAUAGAGUAUAAAUAUAGUAAUAUUAUAAUAUAUAGUAUAAAUAUAACAUAGUAUAAUACAAAAUUCAUUUAUAAAGUAAUUAUUGUAAAACCAGUGUUGAACUUUUUUUAUGACAAGACAUUGUGUAGUACUUCAGUAGUCUUCUAUCUUUUAUGAAAUUUAAUGCAAGUUUUCAGUGUAGAGUAGCUCUUAAACGAUGACUUUGUAUUUCCAGGUCUAGAAUGACUAAAUUGCAAAUACAAUGCAUUACAAAAAAGUGAAACUGUCGGUAAGAUGGCAAAUAUGUGAAGUAAAUGGAGAGACAUUGGUUAUUAUUUAUGUUCAGCCAUAAAAAGUCACAUCUAUAUUAUAUAAAUUUACACAAAAUUUAGUUUAAUAGUUUUGGUUUGCUGGUAGAAGUUUAAGAUGGAGUUGACCAUUUAUCACAAUCAUCAUCCACGAAAGUAAAACAUACAUUAAAGAAAGGCGAUUCAUUGCUAAAUGGUAAAUUGUGGGUCAUAUAAAUUAAGGAUUUGAACAGUCUUAAAAUUAAGAGAUUUGAUUUCAUAGGAUAUUCCAGUUGUAUUUCAAAAGUCAAAUUUGCCAUGAUGCUAUACAUAAUUAAGUAGAAAAUCAAAUUAGGUUAGGCUAUUUAGAAUUGUAAGUAUGAUUAUUUUGAUUGCAGUAAUUUGAUAUAAUUAUAUUGUUAAUGGGAUAAAAUUUGAGUAUAUUUUAUAUGGUUAUUAGGAGUGAAAAACCACUAAAAAUGUUUAUUUUCAGUCCUAUGUAUCCUCUUGUAUAAUUAAACAAAGUUAUGUCACCAACCAACCAACCAAGAAUUAGAUCAAACAAGAUAUAGAUUAUUGUAGUACUUAUUUAAAGAUUUAUUAUUUACCCUUUAAAUUUCUAUUUGCUACCAGGUAAGUGGUAGGUUUUAAUUAUAUUUGUGAUUUGUAAGGCAUUUAGUAUGUAACUAAUACUUGAAGGAAUGGAUCUUCAGUGCCUUUUUAAUAUCUGAUGGAGAAAGACUUAACAUUAUUUUACAUCCCUUAGAAACAAAGACCAUUAUCUUCCUUAUUAAAUACAAAAAGACGUGAAAUGUGAUGUUAUUUCAAUAUAUGAGGUUAUGAAAAUUUUUAAAUAAUUUUGUAUAGUUAGCAAAUCAUAGCCAAGAUGACCUCAAACACAAAUCACACUCCAACAAUGAGAAAAAUUCUUUGACUAAUUUCAAUCUGGAAAAUAUUCUAACACUUUCUUUAUAAAUAAUAAAGCAUAUAUAUUGAUA